GACAUCAAGAACAAGCGGAACCCGCGGCUGGUGCCCUACCACCUGCUGGACGAGCGCACCAAGAGGACCAACCGGGAGAGCCUCUGCCAGGCCGUGCGCACCCUGCUGGGCUACGGCUACAACAUCGAGCCCCCCGACCAGGAGAGCCCCGCCCAGGGGGUGCCGCGGGGGCGGGGGGAGCGGUCGCGCCUCUUCCGGGCGGAGCGGGGCUACGCCGUGCGCGGGGGCAAGUGGUACUUCGAGUUCGAGGCCGUCACCACCGGGGAGAUGCGGGUGGGCUGGGCCCGCCCCGGCCUGCGCCCCGACGCCGAGCUGGGCGCCGACGAGCUGGCCUACGUCUUCAACGGGCACCGGGCGCAGCGGUGGCACGUGGGCAGCGAGCCCUUCGGGCGGCCCUGGCAGGCGGGGGACGUGGUGGGCUGCAUGAUCGACCUGGCCGAGAGCCACAUCACCUUCACCCUCAACGGCGAGGUCCUCAUCAGCGACGCCGGCUCCGAGGUGGCCUUCAAGGACUUCGAAGUGGGCGAGGGCUUCGUGCCGGUGUGCAGCCUGGGGCUGGAGCAGGAGGGCCGGCUCAACCUGGGCCAGGAGGUGGCCAGCUUGAGGUUCUUCAGCAUCUGCGGCCUCCAGGAGGGCUACGAGCCCUUCGCCAUCAACAUGAAGAGACCCAUCACCCUCUGGUUCAGCAAAAGCCUCCCCCAGUUCGUCCCGGUGCCCCCCGACCACCCCCAGCUGGAGGUCGGGGCACGGGGGAAAGGCCGGGGGUGGGGGGUCGUAGGGCUGGAGGGUCCCCGGGCCUCCCCGUCCAGUUCCACCCCCGCUUCCGCUGCACCCCCGGGGCCACCCCCCUGCCCCACAGCCCCCCCGAGCUCCCCGAGGACGCCGGCCUCGAACCCCUCUCCGAAUUCGAACGGCUGCGGCGUUCCGCCGGCAUCCGGCACCCGGAGGGCGAGGGGGAAGGCGAGAAGGGAGCCGGCGGCGGGGGGGGUCCCGUCACCCCGGCCCCCCGCGACCAGCAGCCCCGCGCCGAGAACGAGAAGGACGCCACCACCGAGAAGGGCAAGACCCGCAGGGGGUUCCUGUUCAAGGCCAGGAAGACGCCCUUCGCGCCCCCCCCCCGCCGUCCCCACCGUCCCCCGCCUGGAGGAGGACGUGGUCCCCGACGAGCGCGACGACCCCGAGGUCAUCAUGAACACCACCACGUACUACUACUCGGUGCGGAUCUUCGCGGGGCAGGAGCCCUCCAGCGUCUGGGUGGGGUGGGUGACCCCCGACUUCCACCAGCACGACCCCGCCUUCGACCUCUCCCGCGUCCGCACCGUCACCGUCACCAUGGGCGAUGACAAGGGCAACGUGCACGACAGCAUCAAGCGCAGCAACUGCUACAUGGUGUGGGGGGGGGAGUUCGCCAGCGCCACGCAGCAGGCGCGGGUCAGCCACGCCGACCUGGUCAUCGGUUGCCUGGUGGACCUGGCCACCGGCCUCAUGACCUUCACCGCCAACGGCAAGGAGAUCAACACCUUCUUCCAGGUGGAACCCAACACCAAACUCUUCCCGGCCGUCUUCGCCCUCCCCACCAGCCAGAACGUCAUCCAGUUCGAGUUGGGCAAGCUCAAGAACAUCAUGCCCAUCUCGGCCGCCAUGUUCAGCAGCGAGCGGAAGAACCCGGAGCCGCAGUGCCCGCCGCGGUUGGUCAUCCAGCAUUUGACGCCCGUCACCUGGAGCCGCAUGCCCAACGAGUUCCUGGCCGUGGACACCACCCGCCUGAGCGAGCGGCAGGGCUGGAUGGUGGAGUGCAACGAGCCCCUCGUCAUGAUGGCCCUCCACAUCCCCGAGGAGAACAGGUGCAUCGACAUCAUGGAGCUGUCGGAGCGGUCGGACCUUCUGCGUUUCCAGUGGCACACGCUGAAGCUCUACUGCGCCGUCUGCGCCCUGGGCAACAACCGGGUGGCCCACGCUCUCUGCAGCCACGUGGACCAGGCCCAGCUCCUCUUCGCCAUCGAGAGCCCCGAGCUGCCGGGCCCCCUGCGGGCCGGCUACUACGACCUGCUGCUGGCCAUGCACCUGGACGCCGCCCAACGGGCCCGCGCCUCCAUGAGCGCCGAGUUCAUCAUCCCCAUGACCGAAGCCACCAAGAGCAUCACCCUCUUCCCCGACGGGGGGAGAGCCCCCGGCCCCCCCGGCGUGGGUCCCAGCGCCUGUUUGCGACCCCAACCCCAUUUCGCCGAACCCUGUUUCAUCUUGGCGGCCGGCGGCGGGCGGGCGCCGCUGGCCCCCAGCAUCCCCUUGGGGGCUUUGGGGGCGCGGGCCAUCAGGAUGCUGGAGGAGGCGGUGGCCGGGGGGGGACCCCACGCCCGGGACCCCGUGGGCGGCAGCGUGGAGUUCCAGCUGGUGCCGGUCCUGAAGCUGGUGUCGGCGCUGCUGGCCGUGGGCGCGCUGGGGGACGGCGACGUGCGUCGCAUCCUCCGCAUGAUCGAGCCCAGGGUUUUCGGGGAGCCCCGGCGGGACCCCCCCGGCGACGGCGAGGGGGAGGAAGAGGAGGAGGCGCGGAAGAAGGCCAUCGAGGCGGGGGAGAUGGAGGAGGAGGAAGAGGAGAAGGAGGAGGAGGAGAAGGAGGAGGAGGAGGAAGGGCUGGAGGAAGGGCUGCUGCAGAUGAAGCUGCCGGAGUCGGUCAAGCUGCAGAUGUGCAACCUGCUGCAGUACUUCUGCGAGCGGGAGCUGCAGCACCGCGUGGAGGCCAUCGUGGCCUUCUCCGAGCGCCACGUGGAGCGGCUGCAGCGCGACCAGCGCCGGCGCUACGGGCAGCUGAUGCGGGCGCUCACCAUGUCGGCCGCCGAGACCGCCCGGCGCACCCGCGAGUUCCGCUCGCCCCCCCAGGAGCAGAUCAACAUGCUGCUGCAGUACAAGGCGGGGGCGGAGGAGGAGGAGUGUCCGGUGCCCGAGGACAUUCGCGACGAGCUCCUCGACUUCCACAACGACCUGCUGGCCCACUGCGGCAUCGAGCUGGCGGGCGAGGAGGAGGAGGAGGCCGAGGAGACGACGCUGCGGCAGCGGCUGCUGGGGCUGGUGCAGAAGGUGGUGGGGCUCCGGGGGACGGCGGCGCAGGAGGAGCCACCCCCCGAGGAGCCCCCGGUGCCCAGCACGCUGCAGGAGCUGAUCUCGCAGACGAUGGUGCACUGGGCGCAGGAGUCCUUCAUCCAGAGCCCCGAGCUGGUGCGCGCCAUGUUCAGCCUCCUGCACCGCCAGUACGACGGACUGGGGGAACUGGUGCGCGCCCUCCCCAAGGCCUACACCAUCAGCGCCCUCUCGGUGCCCGACACCGUCGCCCUCCUGGAGUGCCUGGGCCAGAUCCGCUCCCUCCUCAUCGUCCAGAUGGGCCCCGAGGAGGAGAACCUCAUGAUCCAGAGCAUCGGGAACAUCAUGAACAACAAGGUUUUCUACCAACACCCCAACCUGAUGCGGGCGCUGGGGAUGCACGAGACCGUCAUGCAGGUCAUGGUCAGCGUCCUGGGGGGCGGCGAGUCCAAGGAGAUUCGCUUCCCCAAGAUGGUGACCAACUGCUGCCGCUUCCUCUGCUACUUCUGCCGCAUCAGCCGCCAGAACCAGCGCUCCAUGUUCGACCACCUGGGCUACCUGCUGGAGAACAGCAGCAUCGGCCUGGGCAUGCGGGGCUCGACCCCCCUGGACGUGGCGGCCGCCUCCGUCAUCGACAACAACGAGCUGGCGCUGGCCCUCAAGGAGCAGGACCUGGAGAAGGUGGUGCGGUACCUGGCGGGCUGCGGGCUGCAGAGCUGCCCCAUGCUGCUCGCCAAGGGCUACCCCGACAUCGGCUGGAACCCCUGCGGGGGCGAGCGCUACCUCGACUUCCUCCGCUUCGCCGUCUUCGUCAACGGGGAGAGCGUGGAGGAGAACGCCAACGUGGUGGUGCGGCUGCUCAUCCGGCGCCCCGAGUGCUUCGGGCCGGCGCUGCGGGGCGAGGGGGGCAGCGGGCUGCUGGCCGCCAUCCAGGAGGCCCUGCGCAUCGCCCAGGACCCCGCCCGCGACGGGCCCAGCGCCCGCCGGGAGCGCCGCCGCGAGCCGUUUGGGGGCGAGGACCCCCCCGAGGAGACGCGGGUGCACCUGGGCAACGCCAUCAUGUCCUUCUACGCCGCCCUCAUCGACCUGCUGGGCGCUGCGCCCCCGAGAUGCACGUACGGACCCCCCCCGGACCCC